UUGUUUCCAAUGUCACUGACCAUAUUUACCAUAACUGAGAGAAAUUAUUUUAAAAAAACAGUUGUCCAUAAUUCUUACAUUGUUUCUCUUACAUUGUUUUCAGGCUGACAAAAAAAAAUGGCUUCAGGUCCAAGUUCAGGUCUCACCAUCGUCCUUCUGGGAAACUCAGGUGUUGGCAAAAGUGCUUCAGGAAACACCAUCCUGGGACGAAAAGCAUUUGUGUCAAAACGUUCCUUCACCUCAGUGACAAAAGAAGUCUCUAAACAAACUGACAGGGUGUGUGGAAAACAGAUCUCAGUGCAGGACACUCCGGGAAUAUUAGGAUCCGAGAAGGAGGUUAGAACCUUGUGUCAAGAUCUCCUGAAGUCCGAGGAACCUUGUUUGUUCCUAAUAGUGGUUAAAAUAGAUCGAUUCACUAUUGAGCAGAAAAACGCUGUGGAGGCAGCGAUCAGAGUCAUUGGCGAUGAGGGGUUUGACAACUGUCACCUGCUCUUCACAUCAGGGGAUGCCCUCAAUGACAUGGAGUUGGAUGAUUUCAUCAAUGACGAUCCAGAGAGUCCUCUUCCAACACUUGUUGAAAGAUUUAAAGGAAGAUAUCAUGUGUUCAACAAUGAAAAUGGAGGACCGGAACAAGUCCGACAUCUGCUGAAGAAGUCCGGUCACCUCAGUGACGUGGUGUCCGAUCCUCCUGGUGCUGCGAGGAGGAUGGUGCUGCUCGGUCUGCCUGGACAGGGACAAAGUGCAUCAGGAAACACCAUAAUGGGAUCCAAUCAGUUUGAAUCAGGAUGUGGCUUUAGUGGAGUAAGUACAGAAGCUGUUUCUAAAACAGCCACAGUGGAGGGUCGUCAGGUCACAGUGGUCGACACUCCAGGAACCACUGAUAAAGAUCCUGAACACCUUUUCAGGGAGAUCAUGAUGUCAGUAGAAAAGGCUAAACCAGGACUGCAUGCCUUCAUCAUUGUGUUGAGAAUAAACAGGAUCUCUGAAGCAGAAAUUAUGUUGUUUGAGAUGCUGCCAACACUCUUUGGCAAAGAUGUUGGUAAACACAUGAUGGUCCUUUUCACUCACGGAGAUGACCUGAAAGGCAAGUCCAUUGAGGAUUUGAUUAAGGAUGAGAGAUCUGUGUCUGACCUAGUAACCGAGUGUGCAGGUAGAUACAGUGUGUUUGACAACACAAAGAGAGGAAACGGGGUGCAGGUUAAACAUCUUCUGGAUAAAAUGGAUGAGAUGGUAGCAGCCAAUAACGGAGAGCACUUCAUCUCCGAGAGGUCCACACAGGUUCAAAUUGCAUCAGAAGGAGGGUCCGAAACAGUCAGCGAAACGACAACUUCUACGAGAUGGCAGAAGAUCGGUGAAUGGUUCAUAAAGAUGCUCGUGUGAUUAGUCACGGCUUUUAAUAGAAGAGCGGUAACGCAUUAACCUAUGAGACGGGUAGUCAAUUGUGGAUGGUGGUAAUGCAGAGGCUGCAGGCUUAGUAGCAGUGUGGGAUGAGGUUUCACUGCCUGUUUCAUGAAAACAACAUUUAUACAGCAAAAAGGUUUCACUUAUAUUUUUAAAAAGACAAGUACUUGAUUUCUUCAUUAUGAUCAUGGGAGGCGUGUGGCGCAAUGGAUUAGUGCGUUGGUGUUGUGAUCAGGGGGUCACAGGUUCAAACCCCACUGCAGUCAGCAUGUCGUUGUGUCCCUGAGACACUUCACCCCAACUUGCUCCUGUGGGGAUUGCCCACAGUAUUGAGUAUGUUAGUCGCUCUGGAUAAAAGCGUCUAAUAUGUAAUUUCAUUUUCAUUUUUAAAAUGGAAGGAAGGGCUCAAGUCACCAGUUACUAAACCAUACAGUUCCCUUUGUUUCCAAACCUGAACCAGAGAAAUGGUUUAAUCAGGAUUUAGUGAAAACAAAUGAAACACUAAGUCAGGAAAUGUUUUGCAGAUACAUUGAAACAUCUCCUGUUGACAGGAAAGGUAAUGCGUUAAGCAUUUUGUUUAUUUUAAAGUAUAUUUUCCAUUAAGUACGAUGGAAAUGAAGACAGUACAGUACACUCUUUUAGUAACUGAGUGGUUUGUUGUAUGUCAAUCUCUGAUUUUCAC